AUGGCGGCAGAAUACCCCAAGCACCCGUUCCUCCUCACGGUCGAGGAGACGGCCGAAGCUCUUGGUACCAGCAUCGACAAGGGCCUUACAAGCCAACAAGUAGCUGAAGCUCAAGAAAAAUACCCAAAGAAUGAGCUCGACGUCGGAGGCACUGUACCUUGGUACAGUAUCUUGACCAAGCAAUUGCUCAAUGCCAUGAUUAUUGUUCUCGCGUUUGCCAUGGCUCUUAGUUUCGGUAUCAAGGACUACAUCGAAGGUGGUGUGCUUGUCUUUGUUAUUGUUCUCAACGUCACAAUUGGUUUCUGGCAAGAGUAUCGCGCUGAGAAGCGCAUGGAUGCUCUCAGAGCUCUCUCCUCUCCAAGUGCCAUGGUUCUGCGUGACGGAAAGACCCAAGUUAUUUCCAACCCCGAAGUCGUUCCCGGAGAUAUUGUUCUUCUGAAGAUGGGCGACACUGUCCCUGCCGAUCUCCGUCUCUUCGAAGCCAUGAACCUUGCCUGCGAGGAAGGUCAACUGACUGGCGAAUCCAUCCCCGUCGAAAAGAUCACCGAUAACAAUAUUACUGCUCCUGGCACAGAGAAGCUGGUCCAAUCUGAGGAUGAGAUCGGUAUUGGUGACCGUGUCAACAUGGCCUAUGCCACCACUGUUGUCCGAAAGGGUCGUGGCCGUGGUAUUGUCACUUCCACCGGUAUGUCCACCGAGGUCGGCAAGAUUGCCGCAUCUACCUCCAAGAAGACACGCAAGGCUGGUCGCUCUAUGAACUACAAGAAGUACGGAAAGAAACAGCCUUUCGUUGGUGCUUCUAAGCGUACCUACGAUGUCAUUGGCAAGUUCUUGGGUCUUACUGAGGGAACUCCUCUUCAGCGAAAGCUCUCUGCCCUCGCCUACGUUCUCUUUGGCUGUGCCAUCAUCCUCGCCAUUGUUGUGUUCGCCGUCAACAAGUUUGACAUGAAGAACGAGGUCAUCAUUUACGCUACUUCUUUGGGUAUCGCCAUCAUCCCUGAGUCCUUGGUCGCUGUUUUAACUAUCACCAUGGUCGUUGCCGUCACUGUCAUGCGAAAGGCCAAUGUCGUUGUCCGUGAUCUUUCUGCACUUGAGGCUCUAGGAGGAGUCACAAACAUUUGCUCCGACAAGACUGGCACUCUGACUGAGGGUGCCAUGAUUGUUCGCAAGGCCUGGAUCCCCUCUUCUCACAUCUACACUGUCCGCGACUCUCAGAGCCCCAACGACCCAACAAAGGGCAGAGUCACCUACUCCAAGCAGAAUGACUCUGAGCCUGAAGAGCCCGCUGCCCCUCGUGACUACGACCGCGAGCGAAGUGCUGCUGUGCUCAAGUUUGAUGUCCCCGAUGAGAAGCUGAACCAGAACAACAACGCCCCUGCCAAACAGCCCGAGCCUGAGGUUGAGUGUGAAAUGACCGAUGAGCUCAACGCUUUCUUGCUCUCUUCUGCUCUUUGCAACUUGGCUACAGUCCGCUACGAUGAUGAGGAGGAGAAGUGGCAGGUCACUGGCGAGCCUACCGAGAUUGCUCUUCAGGUCUUUACCCACCGCUUCAACUCUGGCAAGAAAACUCUCGAAGGUCAGGGCUGGAAGCAAACUGCCGAAUUCCCCUUUGACAGCUCCAUCAAGCGCAUGUCUGUUAUUUAUGAUGCACCCGAGGGAGCUAGCGGAUCUAUCAUUGAUACCCAGAACUCUAUGGUCUUUACCAAGGGUGCUGUCGAGCGUGUCCUGGACCUUUGCGACUACGCUGGCACAGGAGCCGACCAGCAGCCUAUGACCGAAGAACUCAAGGAGAGUGUCCUCACUCAAAUGAACAACCUUGCCUCUCAGGGUCAACGUGUCCUCGCUAUUGCCUACCGUCCUUGGAAUGGCCGCUUCACUGCCAAACAGGCCUCUUCGCCCGCUGAGGAUGAGAAGCUUCGCGCUGAAGUCGAAAAGGGUCUCAUUCUUCUUGGUCUCGCUGGUAUCUACGAUCCUCCUCGUCGCGAAACCAAGCCUUCUAUUGCUGAGUGUUCUAACGCUGGUAUUCGUGUUCACAUGCUUACUGGUGACCAUCCCGAAACUGCCAAGGCUAUUGCUAAGGAAGUUGGUAUCAUUCCCAAGAACAUGGGUAUCCUUCCUGACCACGUCGCUAAGUCCAUUGUCCAGAAGGCCACUGACUUUGACCGCAUGACCGACGAGGAAAUUGAUGCUCUUGAGGAACUUCCCUUGGUUAUCGCUCGUUGUGCUCCCGACACCAAGACCCGUAUGAUCGACGCUCUUCGGCGACGUGGUGCUUUCAUGGCCAUGACUGGUGAUGGUGUCAACGAUGCCCCCUCUCUGUCUCGCGCUGACGUUGGUAUUGCUAUGGGUUCUGGAUCUGAUGUUGCCAAGUCUGCUUCCAAGAUUGUGCUCACUGAUGACAAGUUUAACUCCAUUGUCGCCGCUAUCCGUGAAGGUCGUCGCAUGUUUGACAACAUUCAGAAGUUUGUCCUCCAUCUUCUUACCUCCAACGUCGGUGAAGUUAUUCUCCUUGUCUGUGGCCUUGCCUUUGUCGAUGACAGCGGAUUCUCUGUCUUCCCCGUGUCGCCUCUCCAGAUUAUCUGGAUCAACAUGGCUACUUCCUCCUUCCCUGCCUUCGGACUCGGUCGCGAGCAGGGUGCUCAGGAUAUCAUGCGCAAGCCUCCUCAGGACAAGAAGCGUGGUGUCUUUACUAACCAGAUCAUUGUUGAUAUGAUCGUCUACGGUAUCAUCAUGGGUGCUUGCACCAUGUGUACUUUCGUCAUCAUCAUUUACGGCGCCAACGGCGGAAACUUAGGCAACGAGUGCAACCAGCGAUACUCUGAGGCUUGUAUCCCCGUUUUCAAAGCUCGUGCCGCUACAUUUGCCGAACUCACUUGGCUCAUCCUCAUCUCUGCCUGGGAGUUCAAGAGUCUGCGCCGUUCCGUAUUCCGUCUCAACCCUGAUGACGACAGCCGAUUCCCCGUCUUCAAGGACAUCUACUCCAACCGCUUCCUCUUCUGGUCCGUCAUUAUCGGCGGUCUGUCUGUGUUCCCUGUUGUCUACAUCCCUGUCCUGAACCACAAGUUCUUCAAGCACACUGGCAUCACUUGGGAGUGGGCUCUGUCCGUCGGCUUCACCAUUGUUUUUGUUGCUGGUAUUGAGCUUUGGAAGAUGACCAAGCGACAUUUCCACCUCCUCGAGGACGCUCCUGUCCGUCGUGGUGUUUGGGGCCAGGGUGGAGACGAUGCUGGCCGACUUGGACGAACCAUGUCUUUCUCGAGCUUCAAGACCUGGGCUUCUUUCUCUCGCAAGGACACUGGUGAGUCCCUCGGAAAGCGAGAUACCUCUCGCGGGCCAUCUGAGCGACAUAUCGUGCCUCAAGGCCUUGCUGCCACCGAGGCUUAA